UGAUGAUCCUUCCGAACGUCCAACUUCUACUGAAUUAGGUAAUCUAUUUUCGGAAAUAUUGGAAAAACUUUAUAAUAAUGAAGUGGAUAAUAAUGUUAUGCGACAACUUAAAACUGCUAUUGAAAAUCAAAAAAAUACAUCAAAAUUUCAAAAACAAGAAUUAUUUGAAUUAUUUUCACAUUCAAGCAAGUUACAUCCACAAUCAUGUUAUAUGAGCCGAUAUAUUCAUACUCUUCAUGGAUUGAAUGAUUUAUUGGAAGAAAUAAAAUCUGGAAAAUCUUCGGUCAAUAUUCAUUGUAUUGAUGAUGAAACUGAAAUUCAAAAUUAG